AUGUCCGACAAUGAAACCUCAAAGCUAAUCAAAUUGGUUCAGGAUUCUCUUAAAGAUGACCCUAGAACAGUAAGGUUAGGAACGAGGGAUAUUCGUGAAAUUCCUGUAGAAUUAAUAAAUUUAAUAUCUAAAGACAACUAUAAAGUUGAAAGGCUUGGACUUGAAACAAAUCAAUUGUCAACGCUUCCAACAGAAUUUUGUAAAUUAUCAUAUUUAAGAUAUUUAAACGUUUCUAACAAUGCAUUCAAAGAUUUUCCCGAGACGUUAUGUGCAAUGCCAAGUUUGGAAAUAUUGGAUAUUAGCAAGAAUAGAAUUAAGAAAUUACCAAAUGAUUUUGGAAAAUUAAUGUCACUGAAGUUAUUGAAAAUAUCCAAAAAUUUAAUAAGGAUAAUUCCUAAUUAUAUUGCGGAUAUGAAAGAUUUACAAUAUUUAAAAAUUGAUAAUAAUCCAAUUCGUUUUCCACCAAGAGCUAUUCAUAUAAUGCCAAAAGGUGAUGAGAAAGAAGUCAUGGUAUUUUGGUUAGCUAAAUUAAAAGAAUAUUUAAGACAACAUUCAGCAAUUAGAAAUAAUGAAAUGGAAGAAAGUGAUAAUUCCAGUGAUAGUGAAGAUGAAGUUGAUCAAGAUGAAAUAACAAAUAAUAAGCUAUUAAAAAAAUCAUCAUCUGUUGAUAGUAUUAACAAUGCAGAAUCUUUUUUGGAUUCACGCAUAACUACUGAAAAUUCAAAUUUGUUAAAUACUAUAACCGAGGAUGAACAAGUAACCUCUAAACUUGAAAAGAGAAGAGCAAGCCCUAAAUUAAGUAUAGAUUUACCGUCACGUCGUGAUAGAAGUUUUAGCAAUGACUUGGAUCUUACAUUAAUGAAUUCUCGUAACACUUCUGCUCGAGCACAUUCAAAAAGUUUUUCUCAUAAUUCACCAACAAAUUCUCAUGCAAUUUUGGAGGAGCGUAACAGUGAAUUUUAUUUUCAAAGACUUAAAACUCUCCCUCCAACUGAACAUCUAAGGAUGAGUGAUAUUUCUUUGAGGGAAGCUAGUCGAAAUAUCUUAUACGCAUUGUCUCAAGUGCAUAAAGCUUUACGCCAGUUUGUAAUUUUUACCGGCAAUGAAAAGAUAUUUACUAUUGAACUUAAUAAGACUAAUCAUUCAAUAGGACAAUUAUGUGCUGCGUUACAAAAAUUUGAUAAUUUUGCUUUGCAAGCAACAGGAGAUGCAGAACAUUCGGUUAAAUUACUUGGUGCGUGUCAAGAGAAUAUAGCAAAUUUCAAAGUUCUCUUAGAUUUAUUGAAUAAACAUCUUAAAUAUUUAACUCAACCUUCUGAAAAUUUUCGAUAUUCACGAACCCUUCUUUUAAUGUUUCAUGGUGCUACUGUGGACAUUAAAUUUGCAUGGGAAAAUAUAUCUCCACUUUUGAAUAAUAAUACUCCUUUUACAGGAAAUUCAACACCUAUGCGAUCAAAGUCAAUGUCACGUUCAAAUAGUAAUAGCAAUAUUAAUGGAGUUCCUCAUUCUGCAACAUCUGUAAUUAAUAAUUCUUCAAGCGGAGUUAGUACUCCAUCUACUGCUGGAAUGUCACCAUCUUCUCUUGGUCCAUAUUCUGCUGGUUUAAUAAACAACUCUCAUACUGAUAUUGCAUUACCGAUUUCAAUAUUUGAUCAAAUGCUUUCAAAGGUUGAUGCAGCUAUCAAGUCUGUGGAGAAUGUUGGAAAACAUUUAAUCGAACAAUUAGACACUGCCAUUGGAUCAUCCGUAGAUGAAUCUACACCUGCAUUACCUGUGAAAAUAAAAUUAAAAGAAUUAAGAUCACAUGUUAAAAGUGUAUUGGAUGUAACUAAGCAAUUGAAAAAAUCUCGGUUGGCCGUAAAAUUAACGCAGAAAGAGGAUUUGAGUAUACAACUUAAAGUUUAUGAUUCCACAAUCAUAUUCCUUCAGGAAACAGUGAAAAUGUCCACAUUAGCCAAAGAUAUUUCACAAGAAUGGCAACUUAGUAGUAAAGUUAUGACAGGACUAGGUCUCGUCACUAAAUCAAAUAUCGAACUGACUGAUAUUCUUCGAGCAAUUGAAGAAUGGCUUGUAAUGCCACCACCUUCACCAUCACCUCCGAAUGAAAUACAGAGAUCAGUUAAAAAUGAUGUUCUGUUUCCUGAUGGUAAUGAGAAGUAUACCUAUGAGGAACCCGAAGAACUUCCUAGUUCAAGUCUUGAUGAAUCCUCACAAGGCAAAGAAAAUGAUGUUAGUGAUAUUGGAAAUAAUGCUAUAAAAGUGGAUGUGACUGUAGAACAUUAG